AUGAGCAACGAUUCUCUCAAGCAGCUUGCAAGAUAUCACCCAAAUCAUCCAGAACCAAAGAUAGUUGCUAAAUUCUUCGGAUUUAUCAAGGAUGCGAAUUAUGUUGAUCCUGAUCCAGUCGAUCAUCAAAACUGGAGAAAUGAAGAAGAAAUGAAGGAAGCAGCUUAUGCUGAUGAGCUAAAAACUCUUGAGGAGUUCAAAACCACCCCAAAUGAUUGGUUUGUCAAAGAAACGAGGAGGAGAGGCAAGAAAGUUACACCUAAAUCACAGGAGGGUGAGGGGUCUUCAUCGCAACCGAAGAAGAAACAAAAGAAAGUGGCUAAGACGUUAUUGAUUGAUGAACCGGAGGUUGAAGAGCCGGUGGUUACUGCGGAAGAAGAUCCGUAUGCUGAUAUUGAUCAAGUGAUGCUUAAUGUUGAUGAUUUAGUGUCUGAGCAAGCAGUUAAUGUGGAAGCUGAGAAAGAGAAGGUUCUUGAUGACGUUGAAGGUGAUGAUGUCAAUAAAAGUACAACAAGCUCUUCGAGUUCUUCAGAUGAGGAAAUAGAUGAGAAUGAACGUCUAAGAAGAAUUCAAGAAGCUACAGAGAAAGAAAAGCAGUUAAGGAAAAUGAAGAGACAGGAGAAAGAUGAUUCUGCAUAUGUUCUAUCUCCAGAGCACCCUUCACCACCAAAACAACCAACACCUCCCAGACAGCCUUCACCAUUACAUCUUUCACCACUACAUCUCUCACCACCACAACAACAAACCUUGCUCACAUCCCAAGAAAUAUUUCAAACACCACCACUCACUCAAAUUCAACUAACUCCAGGUUCUUCUGCCCACAAGGGUCUUCAUAUUCCUCCGGAUAAUCUUGAAGAUAUUGGAGAUUUUAGCUUUGCAAACGAUGAACAGGUAAAGAAGUUAGAAAAGAAUAUGGAUGACGUGUUGAAUGAAAACAAAGUAGUUGCAGCAGAAAGCAAGAAAGUUGUUGAACGUGAAAAGAUUCUUGAAAUGCGCGUGAAGAAAUUAGAGUCUGACAACAAGGCAUUGUUAAAGAAGAUUGAUACUGAUCAAACUGAGAUUGAUUUCCUGAAGGUGCGAGUGGUUGAACUUGAAGAAGAAAAGGCUCGCAGAGAUGAGCAGAACAAGUAUUUCGAGAUGAAAAACAAAGAGCUUGAGGCUGCAAAGGCAUUUAAAGAGCAUGAGUUCUACAUGUUGAUAAAGUAG